AUGACCUUAUUGCUCCAUUGCCGUUCUAGCCAUUGUGACUUUUCGGCGAAGGUAUGUUGUCUGGGUGGGGUCGCGUCGUUUUCGCGCAACCAUGUCUGUCCUACUCUAUGUACUGCGAUUAAUGUGUCCGACGUCAUUUUGCCUCAUUAUGUAAAAUAGUCAACUUUACCGACUUAAACUUGUGGUAAAAUCGCACUGUUGCGCGCGCAUGUCCCCUUCCCCCCCGUCACAUAAGUCACUGAAAUUCCAGCUAUCGGUCAACCGACUAUUUUGCAUCCUCAGUGGUAAGUUUCCAGUACGAUACCCAUUCCAGAUGGCUCGGUAUACUAUUUCUAAGACAGUUUAAGUCCAGUAAUAACGUCUAUUUAGAUCCAGAUGGCGGACUCGGAUGAUGAUUCAGAGCGCAGGAGGAGUCGAGACAAAUUCAGGCGAGAAAGAAGUGAUGCGGACAGUCGGCGUCGUCCAGGUGACAAGAGGGAACCGUUUGAGGAUCGUGUAGGCGGCGUGGCAGGCGGUCUUUCAAAUAGUGGCAGGUCACGCCAGGAAAGACGGGACUCGGGGGAUUAUCGCAGCUUCGCCGCUGCCAGAGACCGCCCACCGACAUCAGGCGAACUGCCGGCCAAACGUCCUCGCCGGGAAUGGAAUGACGACUACCGUCCCUCCUAUCGACACCGGGAUUCCCGUCCAGGCCCAGUCGAGGAAGAAGUCAAUUAUAGACCUCCCUUGAUGCCCUUCAAACGCUUUCUGGACCCUCUUGAUGACUUAAUUACAGACGAGGAGGCAAUGGAAAAAUACAAAGAGUACAAGGAGUCCUUUAAUAAGCGCUACAUAGAGGAAUUCUUCGAAGCGCAUAAAAAUGAGGAGUGGUAAUGUCAUAUUCCGAUCUUUGAUUGCAGAAUGCAUGGAACUUUUCUUAAAUAUUUUCUAAUGCCUUAAGGCAUUAGAUUACAAUUUUAAUCUUGAUGGCAAUUAUAUAUGCCUGCCAAAUCGACUCCAUCAGAAUGGGCUCCUACUUCACAUUCGAGCAUCAACAACUAGUGUAUCUAUGUGCAUCGUGGAUAUUAACUGCUUCGUAUUUCGUAAACUUGACAGGCGUUGACUUGCCAGGUCCUAGGCUGAUGCCAUUUAUUGCAAAGAGCUCUUUUUUUUGCUCCGGCAGGCUUCGAGAAAAAUACCAUCCGGACUAUGUUGAUCUACAACGUGAGCAAGUGGCUAGAAACAUUCGCCAUCGCCUGGACGUAUUUCUUGAUCUCUUUGACAAAGGCAUGAUCGACAACCAGACGGUACAAAUGGACAAUAGCGAUCAACUCAUUAAAUUGAUGGAUGCCGUCGUCAUUAAAUUGAGUGGCGGCACAGACGAAGACUUGGCUGUCCUCGACCAUUUGGAUGAAGAUUCCGGGGACGAAGCUUUAUCUUUCCAAGAACCGGAAAGGAGUCCAGAGCAUAAGGUUGGUUCGGUACAUUUCCUUAAUCCCCUUUCGAUAAAUCACCUCAAUGGUCGAUUUUGCAAUUCUCCCUACUUAAUCACACCGAAUAACACUUAGGUCACAGCUAGCUCUCUUUACUUCUUUCAUUCGACUUGUGCGCCUUCAUUUCUAGUUUACAGGCAUAUUCCAUGCCCAUAAAGGUCAUCAAAGUUGACUCCGCCGACGCGUUCGGAGCAUCGCAGUCUUACCUAACGAUACAUUGUGUUCCAACGAGUCUCACAUGCAACUUGUGCCUCUGUUUUCAGACCAGUCACGCCGAAAGGAGUGGCGCCAAAAGUGAGGAAGGAGAAGAGGAUUCUGACUUCGAAUCUGACGAUGGAGAGGAACGGAAGUUGAAACAGGACCUACAAAAAGCCAAGGAUUUGCUCGCAUCAAAAGAUGCCGCUAUGAAAGCCGACGAGCCCGAACAACUGUCCGCCUCUCAGGAGUGGGUGGGGGUGAGCGAUAAUGAAACGGAAGUUCCGGAUGUAAAGAAAAGUAGUGGUACCCCCGUCGCUGAAUCUCCAAAGGUUGUCAAACCAAAGUCGGAGGACAGGCCGGAAGCCACUCUGAAUUCCGAGAAAACCGAAGGUAGGACAGUUUGUCUCGAUCUAAGGCGAGGAAACUUGACCAUACAGUUUGUCCCCAUAACCACGAAACCUCAAUUUUAGUUAAGAUCCCCUUAUUUUUGCUUAUAUAGAUCCGACUUCCUGCAUUGGAGUAGGAGAUAGAGACCCCCAUUGCAAAUUGAUUAGUAUACCAUCAGAUUACAAGUAUGGCCAAAAGAUAACUGUCAUUCAAUUAUACGACCAGGCAAAGUUUGAAAUAUAAUUGUCGGAACCUUGACGUCGAAUUCUAUUCGAGAUAAAGUGACUUAUCGGACAGUUCGACCGUCUUUUCCGACGGUGUCCACCGUGCGAUCCACGGCAAUGCGGGACAGGGACGGUGACUUGCGCGUAAGUUAGUUUGUAAUGACAGUGGACUUGCGAAGCACCUACCGUACUCUCUCUUCCCCACCUGGACCGGUGUCGGCUAGAUCGCAGUUGGUAGCCAGGACCCGUAUUACCGGUGACGGGGGGUUUGUUUAUUGGGGCUAUUUUGUGAGACUCCAUAAUCACAUCUGACCCUUUUGGCUUCCGUUUUACGUUUGAGGUUGGGAUUAGGGUACCGGUUAUUUUUUUCUGAUUUUCGGGUUAGGGUUAUGCGCUUAGGCUUAGGUUUUCGGGUUACGGUUAGGGUUUGAGCGUAUGAUUAGCUUUCAGUAUUAAUGUUAGGUCUUUCAUUUGUGCCUAUGUUUAAGGGCUACGGUUACGUUUAUGAUUUCGGUCCUGUCCUCGAGUCACAACCCCUCUGAAACCGUCUAAGGAUGAUAGUGAAAAAGACACUCGCACCGCCUUUGGUGAGCCCGGCGUCGCAGUAGUUCCCGUACUUUUUUGGAGAUGAGUACGAUGACUGCCCCAGUCAUCAGAGACGGGUUAGUCUUCAAACCCUCGCCCAAAUCCCUUGUGCCAGUCUGCUGGGACGAUACUAGACUUCCACAGAGAUGCCGUGUUCUGUUUGUCUUCUUAUUGUGCAACCUCUAUAUCAUAAAAAAAUAUUUCGAAAGACAGCGCUCUCACCAUCCAAUUUUCUUUACUGACUGUUAUGAUUGGAACUUCUGCCUCGUGUAUUAGGUAGAUAGAUCACACUCGAAUUUUUGUAAUUUACCCUUCACGGCGAUCCUUCCUCAGGACGGAGGGUUGUUUAUGUCAAUAGUCUCAGAAGAGUGCGCUUCCAAAAAAUCGGUUCUACCUGUUAACUUAAUUUUCAUUUCAUUCUCUUGUAGAUGUGACACCCUCAGAUGCCGAGGUGAAGGAAGAGCAGCCGGAGAGUCAGUUAAAUGUCGAGUCGAUGGAGGCGUUUGGGACCACUGAGGACGAUGACGACAUUCCUACUCCUACUACCGCUGAGGCACCUGAGGGCAGUUCUGCUAGUGCCGCUGACAGAGUCUCCAACGUGGAAUCAACUCUAGCUUCUGUGGCCGAGAUUCUGGGUUCGCCUGCAGAUGACAGACCCUCAACCUUUUCAAGACAAGAUUCGUUAAAAGUGGGCCCAGCUUGUCAGGAGAAUCAGGUCCAGAAUAAGAAACAUGUCCGACGAAAUUUACACAAGACGGCGUCCGUGUUUUUCCGCUGUCUGCCGCCAACAGUCACAAAGAAGGAGCUGGAGGAGGUGAGCUCAGACCCUUCGUAUUCCACCCUUUUGUACACGCACAUAAUGUAUGCUUAUGAGUAUUCCCCGCCCUUCUACACUUGCUACCGGACAUUUUCCUUUUAGCUUUGCUCAUCUCAACCCGGCUUUCUUCGCUUGGCUAUCUACGAUCCGAUGCCUGAACGCGGUUUCACACGCCACGCCUGGGCGACUUACAAUCCCGAUGUGAACAUAAAAAAAAUUUGCUGGGCCCUCAACACUUGUCCACUGCUUCGAGACAAGUGGCAAUCCUCUUCACGCGCUUCAGGCGAACUCUGCGCCACCGUGAACCGUGAUCUGGCCCAACGCGUGCGACCCGUCACUCCGAUAACUCGCCACAAACCAGUAAUGCGCAACGACCUCAUGCUUGCUUCUCGUUUGAUUGCCGAACUAGACGCCAAACACAACCUCUGGCCCUUACCAGAGUCGGAGAAACCUGAAGACGAGGGUGGAGAAAACGCAUCACCCGUGGACGUUGAGAAGCCACAGGCUGUUACGAACGCAUGCCCUGUUCCCGGCCUUCCAGGACUCUACAGCGCCAACCCCCUCAUGCGCAAUCUCACAGACUACCUUAUUGAUGAAACUGGCUCAGAAGAGGCAAUGCUGAGUGAGUUUUUUCUCUUCCAACCUGCGGACGGUGCAUGUGUGCUAAGUUUAGACGGUGCUGUGCACCCUAAAAUCGACUAAGUGGCGAUCGUCACCUUGGCGUCUCACCCUCACCGAGAUGCCGCUCGUUUGUCACAGUUGCACAUUAUUUGGGAUUUUUUCAAUCUCAUAAUUAACUCUUAGGCAUUUUUCCGGCCAUCUUAGCCCCGUCGUCGCCGUGUGUGCAUAGACUGACAGGAUAAGCUUGCCGGUUUGUCCAAUCUUAUUGAAUGCGCCAGGAGUGCGCUGCCACAUGCCAAGUGUUGACUAUAAAUUACAUAGUUUGACCGUCCAGCGCGACCCUUGCUCCGUCUGCCGCGUCAGCGCAUUCAUUUCACCCAUUUUGUCAUGGGAUCCAUUUUUAGCACCCAUUUUAAGAACCACGAGUUAUCGCAGCUUUUUUCAGUUUGUUGACCUACAAAGGUCCUUAAUGAUCGGGUUCUUGAGGCGACCUUGCUUAUGGGGAUCUGCUUCAGUUUCGUUUAAGUAUUUAGUGGAUUUUGCCCCGCCUGCCCUCUGUUCUUCAUUAUCUUUGGGUUGUUAUUGACCGAGAUUUCGUUAAUGGUCCAAUUGCCAAACUGCCUGACCCGGCAAGUGCUUCCCACUCGAAGCCUAAAUUUAGCGACCAAAACUAAAGUGUUGGUACAAAUCAGGCUUAUGUUGUCGUCCGGCGCAUUUCUAUGCCCAGAACCGGUUGGCAAUACGGACAGCGCAUACUGAAUUCUGCGCUUGUGCGUAGUGAAGGUGCAACCGGCCAAUUUUUCAAGCAUUUCAACCCAUAUAUUCAUCGGUUCUCUCCUGUAACUGCUAUCUAGUGUUGUAGUGAGAUUACAGUGAGUUCGGAAAAGUUUGGAGGUGUUAUUGAAACGUACCGGCUUUGUCCAAUCAGGAGAUGUUUUUUUUGCCUGUCGCAAGGUCAUUAAGCUACCGAUUUUGUGUUCAUUUACUACUGCCCAACUUUGUUCUUCUAGUGGCUGGCGCUGCCACCAACGAGAACAAUUCUGGAGCUGCCGGCGACAAUGAAGGGACCGCCGAGUCGGCAGACACGGUCGCUGCCGUCCCAAUAGAGACUGAUUCCUCUCUAGCGCGGGCACUCGAUCGUUUAUUGAUAUAUCUCCGGAUUGUCUACUCGGUAGACUACUACUCUGCCACGGUUUAUCAGUUUGAAGACUCCAUGCCACACCGUUGUGGUAUAUUCCACGCCCGCGGUGACAGGGGCUUAACUCUUGGAUCUCAGGCUCGUGGUCACGGCUUUACGGUCACUCCGCGUGAGGUUACAGAAUACAUCCAGGUUUGCCACCGUUCCGUUUGACCUCUUGCAAAGCAAGAACAUUUCCUCUCAACCCAUUGAAAUCACCCGUUUGUAAAUGUUCUAAAUCCCCUACAGCUGAUGAACUAAGGUUUCCGGUCCCUUAGGAGUUAUUUUAAUUGCAUGCCCGUUGCAGCAAACUAGAAUAUGAUAGCGAGUGUCUUUGCCCGCGAACGAUGCGGCGGCACGUAUAAAGGUUACUUAUUGGAUCAUCAGCUUUUGCUAAUGAGGUUUUCAAGCUAGCAUUACCCAGUUGAUAAACUUCUGAUCCGUAUAGUGGUACUGACUGAACGUCGCCACUGCCCCUCCCCCCAUUAUUCAGUUAAUUUGUCACACGCCAAAAUUAAUAAGACGACGUUGACGAGGUAGUCCAACAAAGGUUCUUGUAUAGUCUCGUCAGCCUCUUAAAUAGGUACUACCCUCCUAAUUCCACAGUCAUGUCUGCCACGGCAGACAAUGUGAACCCAAACUAACCCCGAGUUUAUGGGGAAUCCAAACCGCGAAGGGGAUCUCACUUUGUGAGAUCCACCGGACUAUACUCGUUCUCAGCGUUACCUCUGUACCAACGGUUGGGCUUAUGAGUAUCAUGGUUGGUGAAUUCCGCCUUAUUUCGUAGUAGAAGCAGCAUGCGCGAUCGACAGUAAAAUGCCUGGCCAAACAACACGCCAGAACUAAUUUAUAGUACUCCUGACCCAGUAUUGACACUGCAAAUAUGUUGCACGGGAAAGGGCGUGACGCUGAUACUUAGUCAGUCUUCUUUAGGACUCAAUUCACUAAUCGGAAGGUGGUAGUUUUCCUUGUCCAACAAGACCAAUAACUAGAGCAUUUACGUCUGAAGUCUAGACCCCAAUCUUUCGGGCGACGGUUUGCCGCAGUACUGUCUGGAAGGUGGUAUCCGACUUCCUAAUUCAACGUAGAUUUCCAUUAACAGACAUUCAGCGCCAAAAUGAAGCCCUUGUUGGAAUCACCACCAGAUCUUACGGACGAGGAGAUUGCUGCCCUCGGUGCUCGAGACCCCGAUAAGGCCGCCGAGGACUUUAUUGAAGCAAAUAUUCAGAAACGGACAAGUAAAAAGAAACCGUAAGUGUUUCCCCAUAGGCUUCGAAAUAUUAUCCCGGUUCCGUUCUUACAACCAAGCUCAAGCUGAUUUUUUGUAUCGAAGACACAGCAACUGAUCAGCCAAUUCUCAUGUUCAGUCGUCUUAACUAAACUUCACUGGGACAAGAUGUGGGUGAGAGGAGUUGGUGAGGCUGGUGUUGCCUAAGUCCUCAUUAAAAUCCAAUUCACGCACAUCGCCAUCGUCUCGGCGGUGGUAGUACCCUUCUAGAGCAUGUCUUAGGUCCGCUUGACUUGAUAGGUAUCGCGUCUUGUCUUCCUGCAUCCAAAUUUCGACGGUCAAGGCAGUUGUAUUUGGUCUGUUUGUCGAAGCAUUGUUUGCCAGCCAUCACAGAAACGAGACAUGGCUCCUACGAGACAUUCACUCGACGGAAAUUCGUAUUGACCUAGGGUCAAACAGACUGCAUCGUGAUGAUGUCCGCAGAAAGCACCGCAUUGGAUGAAUGAGUUGUGAUUUUGCGUUCUAGAUGCGGGGUAGGAUAUGCGGAAUGCCGCGUCCAAUCUUUAAGAGGUUCCGUCCACCUGACAAUAGUGGUGACGCGCCCAGCUAUGGUGACCACUUACCCAGAACCACGGUUUAUUACAUCCACCGUCCCCUCCUGCUGCCUGUACAGGAGCAGCCUGCCAGCCGCUCGAUAUUUUCCGACAAACGACACUCCACUUUGAUUUUUGUCCCCGCUUCGAUCAUUCGCAACUAUAAUUUCGUACAUCAGCAAGUGGAAGGAUAUAUCAUUGACCAGCAUGUAUAGCCGCUGGGUACUGUGGAUAGAUAGUUCAAUGUUCCAGUUGCGAAUCCCGGGUCCGUGCACUUCGCUCCUUAUUGUCGAUUUGAUCACUGCCAUCUAUCUGGACCAGAUUAUUCAAUUUAUAUCGACUGCGCGGCAUCAUCUGCGAGUUGGACCAUGCAUAGUUAGGGCUUUCCACCAUACCACAAUAACAGAAAAAGAAUUUUCAUAAGGGAUUUUUCUUUACCAUGCCGCAGUUGAUUAGACUCCAAAGACAGUAAGGACCACUUACUGUUAUGGAAAAUUGUUCUUUAUACACGACUUCAUUUUUGCAGGUUCAAGGUUGUGUGGGUCUGCCCACUAUCGGACAAGAAAUUCCGCGAGCCCAUCUUUGUUCGAAAGCACAUAUUGAACAAACAUAUGGAGAAAGUGGAGGCUGCAAGAAAAGAUAACGUGAGUCGCCAACACUAAAGUUAUCGGCUAAACUAUGCUUGGAGCUAUUGCUCAGACCGGGUCGGUGUUUUACCGCACAUGCCUCCAUGUCUAUUAUGGCAUCCAAGGAGAAUGAUUGGGUCCCCUUAGUCUGCUAGCUAUUCUUGCGAAGUUCACUUAAUGAAAACAAAGACAUCCUUUCACCUCGUUGCUUAUCAAACUCUUUUGGCAUUUGAAGGCCGUGUUUUUCAAUAACUUUCUGCGCGAUCCGCGGCGUCCCUCUUUGCCUGAGGCCCCGAGGCACCUCAUCCACCAAUAUUACCCGCCUCCCCAAAGUCAGUCGUCCAGCGAUCGUCAGAUUACUGGCGCCGGCUAUGGCGGCGGUGGUCACGUACGUGGUCGCAGUAGUGGUGGUGGAGGCUACCGCACGGGUGGUGGUGUCUAUCGAGGGGGUGGCUACCGUAACAACAUGGGGAAUGCGGCCCUCCUACUUCCCAACCAGUACGGUUCCCGAGGUCGCGGUCCGGUGAAUGUAAGUUCUUUUUUAUUCACUGUAAACUCCAGUAGCUGUCAUGCCUUUCCACUAUCGGCCGGUAUUGUAUUUGCUUUCAAGAAAACCAAAUGUUUUUUGCUGUUCUUCGACGACUUGACUGGUCCCGAUAUGUCCUCAUCACAUGCAAUCUGUUUCUAUGAAACCCACUUUUUGCCCCCGGCCUGUUUAUAUCCGAGCAUACUUACUGCUUUUCGUUAGAAUGAAAUAAAAGGAGGAACGCCGCUGCUGCGAAGCGAAGGAAGCACACGGUCGUCCUAAACCGGGAACAGUGAUUUUGUUCUUUUUUUUAUCGUAGUUCCACCAUGCCGACGCGCAUCCAGACGGCCAAAAGCGGUUCAUGAGGUUACUAGCAUCGAUGUCCCAUCAGCUUUUUUAAACAUGGGGAUAUAACGCUACUGUCUCAAUCCUGGACAACAGUCUUACCACGUUUGCUGAAAUAUCUCCCCAAACCGCUUGGGCAUGGCAGUGUAACAAAUAUUUUCAACAUCGCCCACGUCUGUAUUGUUUAAGAAGUGCUGAAUUGUCAAAUCUAAACUGCAGAGGCGUCACAGUCGCAUUUAGAGGUGGACGCCACAGGGGCAGCUGCGGUAUGUCAUCAGACGCAUUCGUGGGUAGGAGUUGAACAGCCGAGUCUUCUUUCCUGCACCGCAGUCUCUUCUGGUUUUUAAUAGAUGAGCUAGUCCGUAGUUUGAUGGUUACCUAACCAUCGAUUUGUCCUAGAAUGAAUUCCGAAAUGGCAGGUAGGCAAAAGGAACCCUCACGUUUCAAGGCAGUACUCUACCACUAUCAAUUUCUGUUUUCCGUGAAGAUGUGCCGCUUCUAGGUUGAGGUCUCCGACCUCCUGGUCGUCCGAUAUAUCCAUUUAUGCAUUGUUAACCUAUAGGCAGUCUGGCCUUACGCCUGCCGCGAACUCUAAGCGAUGUCGCUCCUAAAUGGAGACUGAUUUUUCAGCGAGACAGAGCGCUUUUGACGUCCUGGUGGAGGCGGCUGACCGCAUCACAACGUCAAAGUUUGCCUAGUUUCUGCUGUUAGAACGGAACAUUUUUUGCAAACGUCCUGAAGCGCAAGCGAUUGGCGAUCUCGAGGUUAUUACCGGAACUGCGCGCAUUGUCCAUUUUGUCUCCAUGUCUUGUGGGACGGGUAAGAAUCGCCAUUACUAACAGGAACAUGGCCAACCGCUGUGGCGGUCCUCCACUAACUUGUACACUAGGUUAUCGAACAUUCCUGAUUGUGUCCAAACCUGGUGUUAGCCGCAACACAAUACUUAUCUAGUGGACUUUGAGUAGUCCUCGGCCUUUCGCCAUCGUUCAGGGGGUUUGCUGUUACUUUUGCUCUAUUAAUAUUCCCACAUGCUCGCUUUCUCGGCAGAUAGCCACCCCUUACGGUCUCCCUUGUCCAGUCAACCUGGUCGAGACCCUGGAAGCAGCGUCACCUUGUGUGUUUGGUAGUUGAACUUCCUGCUGUAUGAUGGUAACCUGCUUUUAAUACAUGACCUUUCAGGACUACUACGAAGCCUCUGCCGCUAGUCAGCAAAUGGCAGCGGCAGCAGCCGCCGCGGCUGCAGCUCUUUACCCGAACAGCGCCACAGCUGAUCUCUACGCUCUUGCUGGAGCACUCGGCGGCGGUGCUGGGGUCACCGGAGGCGGCGUUCGUGGUGGCAGCAGUGGUCGCGGAGGUUCGCCGAGGGACUACAGUGGCGGAGGCGGUAGGAGUUAUCACGGUGGAGGUGGGGAGUACCGAAAUGGGAACCCCAAUAACAGAAAACGCCCUUACGGAGCUAGUGAUAGGUGCGUGUUGUAGGGGUUAACUUCGUUUUCUCAGGUGCUAUUGAACAAUCCUUGUUUACUACCCGUUUUCUUCACACUGUAUGAUAACAGGUAAUGUUCCUCUGCGUCUAAACCGAAAUCUCUCGGUCAUUGCGAGAGUGAGAAGCAUAGUUUUCACUCUUUUGCAGCCAGUUCCUUUGUUUUAAUAGAAAACCUGGCGUGGACGACACGGCAACGUGCGUUGACGGCCAUAUGUUUUCUGAGAAUAAUAGGCUGAUGAGUCAAAUUCUACCACCACAUUUUGCCUAAAGUACUGGCCAAAAACGGAUUAACGUUUCCGUUGCUGGUCUGCCACAUGGAGCCCCCUUUGCCGAAACGUGCGGAUGAGGCUAAAAAGCACGUGGUGAGACGGAUGGAGAUCCCGCAUGAAUAAUUUACUGGAGGCCUAUACGGAUUCGACUAGCCGGCUAGGGAAAGGGGUGAUUUCUAUCAUCAUUGUCAGACACGACAUGCAGUCAUGCAGUAUUUCGCUAUGCCCUCUUGUCACCAGCCCCACUAGCGCUCACAUUUCCAAUUCCCGACCGCUGUGGCCUUAUGUUAAAAGGUUAAUUGUCCGCAACUUGGGUCGUGGUAACUGUCGAAGUCGCAGGUGAGGGUGGCUGUUUUUGUAAGGUCUGCAUAAGUGGCGACAAACUGCUUUGAUCAUGUAACAAGAACCUUGCCACGAACUCUAUUUCCAAACCUGCAAGGACCAUAUAAAGGGCUACUUACUAGUCUUCCGUAAAGCAUUUGCACUGUUUGAGUUAUCUUAGAACUGUUUGCUGCCAUUAAUGACGAAUUUCGAGACGUUGGUUUUGAGCAUACCUUUUAAGGGAUUACUACAAGUAUCUUCCCAGUGAAGUUUCGUUUCACUGAAAUGAGCGAGGUGAUGCUACUCUGUGGGAUCCAGACUCUCCAGAUUCCGUGCUUUCGGAUUUUCCUGUAGAGUUGUGUAAGAAAUCGCGUGUGCAAAGAAGUUUAAUGAGUCACACGAUUGAGAAAACCAGCCGGAUUAGCUUCUUACUGCUUGAAUUUGAAGUCAUUUUUAGUCACUGGUCUGUGUGCUAUCGACGGAACUCGCGUGGUGGCUAAUUGAAUCCUGGCUUACUGUGUCAGUGUGCCUUAGUUAAAAUAACAUGCAUUUACUUGGUGUCAUCCGCAACAUGACUACGAUUGCAUCCAAAAUAAAAGAUUUGUUGGAGCUUACAUUUGGAUGAAUAGCCUGUGGAAAUCUUGUAGACGGGAAUCUAACCGUUGGUGGAUCCACUUACUGGAAAUAAGACGAGUGUUGUUCGUUCCUACAUCUCAUAAAAUUAUACAUUACCUCUAUUAGAGAUCCUGGACAGAGGCCACAAUGCAAUUAUUUACGGUGUGGUGAGCCUGUUUCUUUUGUUUUAUUGGCCCGUCGAAGCUUUAGUUGCACUUGGAUUUAAAGUCUGUGUUUGGAGUUCUUGUAGUUAGUUACUUGACGCGUAUCCGUUUGAGUGACAAGCUUAUAUGACCCACCUACGUAGAGUUUUGGAACCUUUAUCGGAGUCAAGGUCUUUUUUCACUCAUAAUUUACUGAUGUUGAAAAUUAACUAGUUUUCACAAAAAGUAUUUGAUACCGGAGAACCGUAAGUGGGUAGUGGACAUUCCCUCAUCGUACUGUUAUGCGCCGUGGACUUUCACGAUCGCUGACUGGUGCCACGAGUUUUGCAGCACUGCUUGUGAGAACUGGUGUAAGAAGUCGUCCACUGUCAAACUAGUGGCUUCGUGAGGUUCGUCGUAAAAAGGAAGCUAGUGAGAUCUUGAGCGACUAUCCUUAUUAGCCCCGGGCUACGAUCCAUUUCUUCUUUUUCUUCUGACUCAUCGUUGCUUUACUGGUUAACCAUCCCAGUCCGCUUGACUAUAGUCUACAUGGAGCUGUCUUUCUCAAUUUCUUCAAAGGAUACUGCCAUAUUUAUGCCUAAUUAUAUUUUUGCUUGGCGUGUUUCACCGUAUGGUGCUAUUUUUGAUCUUUCGUGAUUUCGCAGAUACCGACCCGGUGGUGGUGGUAAUCGUGGUGUAAUUUCUUACAACGACCUGGAUGAUCCCGGCAACGACGGAUAUUAG